CGUGUCCCCCAUGAUGUAAAUAAUAUCCGAUGGGUAGCUGGUUGUACUACGUCUUCUGUACCACUCUUGAAAGAACGCUAGCAACCUCUGGACCAAAGAGCUUCUCUGACAUUUAUUAGGAAAGACAGCCUUUCAUUCCAGCCCAUCAUCAUGUCAUCACCCCUGUCUGAGGCAAACGCCAACUUCUCCCUGGCCCUGUUCCAGAAGAUUGCAGAGGAAACCCCAACAGGAAACGUCUUUUUCUCUCCCCUCAGCAUCUCUUCAGCUCUGGCCAUGGUGCUACUCGGUGCCAGGGGCAACACGGCCACACAGAUGUCCGAGGUGCUCUGCUUCAGCAAAGCAAAGCAGGCUAAACAUGCAGCAGGCCCAGAGCAGAUGAUGCAACAGCAGGUCCAGAGAGCCCAGCUCCCUCAGGCUCUGGUCAAGAUGUCCCUGCACCUUCACAAGACAAAGGAUGACGUGCACGUGGCCUUUGGUAAGCUGAUGGCUGAGCUGAACAAGAAAGACGCCCCAUAUGCCCUCAGCCUGGCUAACAGGCUGUAUGGAGAGCAGACCUACGAGUUUGUCAAGGAGUUUCUAGGAGACACCAGGAAACACUACGAUGCAGAGCUGGAGACUGUGGACUUCCAGAAGAAUUAUGAGGGGGCCAGACUCAACAUCAACGGCUGGGUGGCGAAACAGACACAAGAUAAGAUCCAGAACCUUCUGCAGGAGGGCGUUGUGGAUGAAAUGACCAAGCUGGUGCUGGUCAACGCCAUCUACUUCAAGGGCAGCUGGGAGAAGAAGUUCAAGGACACAAACACAAGAGACACCCAGUUCAAGCUCAACCAAAAUGAGAGCAAGCCAGUGAAGAUGAUGUACCAGAAGACAAAAUUCCCCCUGACAUUCAUCCCUGAGGCCAACUGUCAGAUCCUGGAGCUACCUUACGUUGGAAAAGAUCUGAGCAUGCUCAUCAUGCUGCCCAAUGAUAUCACAGGUCUGACGAAGCUGGAGAAGAAUCUGAGCUAUGAGAACUUUCUAGAAUGGACCAGACCAGAUAUGAUGGAUAUGCAGGAAGUGCAGGUGGGCCUGCCCAGGUUCAAGUUGGAGCAGACUCUGGACCUGAAAGCCAAACUGACCAGUAUGGGCAUGACGGAUGCCUUCGACCAGGGCCUUGCUGACUUCUCUGGCAUGUCUCCCAGCAACAACCUUGUCCUGUCCAAAGUCAUCCACAAAGCCUUUGUGGAGGUCAACGAGGAGGGCACAGAAGCCGCCGCUGCCACGGCCGCUGUCAUGAUGUUGCGCUGUGCCAUGAUGCCAGCCUCCUUCAUCGCUGACCACCCCUUCCUCUUCUUCAUCAGACACAACCCCACCAAUAGUGUCCUCUUCUAUGGGCGCUACUGCUCCCCCUAGACCCUGAAAAGGAUGGAACAAUUCUGAGGGGUGUAUUGCAAUGAUUGUCAGUGGAAGGAAACAUGUGAUGACAGGCAGAGAUGUGUUUAGUUUGGAUAUGUGUUUGCACUGCAUUCUUACCAUGCCAAUGUAUUCAUCAGUUAUAUGCACAUGACUAAUAUAAAAUAUAGUGUGAUGUGUAAUGUAGUAUAGCUGCAUAUACCACUAUUUUCUUGAUGGAUUUUUUGCUGCAUUUACCAAUAAUAUAACCAAAAGUAAGUAGUUAUGUCACCUUAACUGGUCUGAAGCUGUACUAUACACUCCACCAUGUUACAGUAUACUGUUUUCAGAGUUGCCUUACUAUUACUGGCUUCACUAUGACGAAAGUGCAAUUAUCCCCACAAGGUCUUGUGUUGUGAUAAAGUCACUCAUUUGUAUUCUGAAGAACAACACUUGACCUGAGAGUGUGUUUUAAAGGAAAAUCAGUUUAGGCAAUAUUAUAGAAGUAAAGAGUGAAUGAGGUGUAA